AUGGAGCCAAUGGACAAACGCUCCUCAAAGGCGAAGUUGGAGGCGACGGCCGCUGCUCGCCAAGCAGUCUUCGACACCGCAGAACUGCUCGAGAACAUCUUCUUGCUCCUGCCACCGCAACAAGCGCUUGUGGCGCAGAGUGUCUGUCAGCAAUUCCGCACCAUCGUCGCAACCUCGCCGGCUCUGCAGGAGAUGCUUUUUCUGACGCCCUCGAACAAGAACGUGGCAUCGGAACGUUGGGCCAUCGUUGGCAAAGACCGGGAAGACGACGAGAGCUGGUUCAAAGUAUACGAGUUCGCAGUCUCACCCAUUCCGAGCCCAGACACCGAAAUCCUCGCCGAAGGUCUCCGCGUCGUCACGCAGAAUCCGAUGAUUACCAUUCCUACCGAACUUCGAGUCUGCUUGGGGAGGCAUGCGUGCGCCAUUUCCGAUGAACCAAAUCAGUCGGAGAUGCUGCUCCUACCGCGUAAUAUACGUCAGCUCAUCCUACGCCCCAAAUCCAAGGCCACAGAAUCGUGGCAGCACAUGAACAUCACGGACCCACCAUGCACCUCCGCUACAUUGCAGAUCAGCGUGCGCAUGAAGGACAAGGGCACCUACCUCAAAACCAUCGAGAUCACGGCCUGUGAUAGAAGUGGCAUCACCAUGAAUAAGCUCCUCAACAAUACUACCAAGAACGGUCCGGACUCCAUGGAGUACGAGAUCAAAAUAUGGGAGUCAAUAGCAGGUAGCCGCCACCCUGUGGGACAGACUGUCCGUCAGAUCUUGGACGACAUGUCAAAUUCUUGUUCUCACAAGCUGGAGGAGUGUGUGUCCUUCAUGUAUGUCUGGAUACCCAGAACCGUGGCUGCGACCGAGGAGGAGCGCGAUCAGGUUCACCAGGAAUUCGCAGGACGGAAAGAUGACGGAACUGAGGCACAAUGA